GUGAUUGGUUUCUGUACGCGGACUAAUCUUGAUCGAAUAGUUUGACAAGAAACCUAUUUUCAAAAGAAUUCUUAAAGAAAAAGGAAAUUAUAGCUCGCUGUAUUCUUCAGGAAGUUGGUUGAAAAGAUUUUUCCUCGUUUCCGCCAUGAGACGAUGAAUUUGAUGUAAGUGUUGAGUUUCUAUAACAUCUCUUUAUUUUUUUUGCAUUCGAUGGAUACAGCGGGAAUAAAUCAGAAGCCAUCAUUCGGUCAAACGGAAAUCAAUUGGGACAAGCUUGACAAAACUAAAUUCUAUGUUGUUGGAGCUGGAAUAUUUACUGGAAUUACAGUGGCACUUUAUCCAAUAUCAGUUGUGAAAACCAGGCUGCAAGUUGCAUCACAUGAUGCUGUAGAAAAAAAUGCCAUGUCUGUCAUAAAAGGCCUUCUUAAAACAGAUGGAAUUCCUGGUUUAUAUAAAGGUUUUGGCACUGUCGUGACGGGAGCGAUACCUACCAGAAUAUUAUUCCUAACUGCAUUAGAAACAACAAAAGUAGCUGCACUGAAGAUGAUAGAACCUUUCAAACUGUCAGAGCCCACACAAGCAGCAUUAGCAAAUGGGGUUGCUGGCAUGAUGGCAUCUUUUUACUCACAGGCUGUAUUCGUACCAGUUGAUGUGGUUAGUCAAAGACUGAUGGUGCAAGGAUAUUCGGGCCAUGCAACCUAUACUGGGGGCCUGGAUGUUGUUCGUAAGGUGGUAAAGUCUGAUGGGAUUCGUGGUCUGUACAGAGGGUUUGGUCUCUCAGUUCUCACGUAUUCUCCAUCCAGUGCUGUCUGGUGGGCAACCUACGGUGCAAGUCAACGCGUCAUUUGGAGAUUGCUGGAUGAUGGAAAUGCUGCUCCAAGCGAAGGAAGAAUUAUUUUGGUUCAAGCUGCUGGAGGAAUUUCUGCUGGUGCAACUGCAUCAUUUGUAACAACCCCAUUAGACACCAUUAAAACCCGCUUACAGGUGACUGGGCAUGAAAAAAGACCCACUACAAAGCAAGUGGUUAGAAGUUUGAUUGCUGAUGAUGGAUGGAUUGGCUUAUACAGAGGACUUGGCCCAAGAUUUUUUAGCAUGUCAGCUUGGGGAACCUCAAUGAUUCUGGCUUAUGAAUAUUUGAAGCGCGUGUGCGCAAAGGAUGACUAAGCCAUGAGUAAAGUUGCACACGGGUUCAUUUUUUGCUGUGGCGGAGGUUUCUUUUAGAGCAGUCCAGCAGAGCGAAACAUUGCUUGGGGCACAUUUAAAUUGUUCAUUUGGUGAACAAGAUAGCUUAACCUAAAAUGUGGCUCUUCUAUUGCACCAUUCAAAGUCAAUCGGCAGUGGAAUUUAUUUUGUCCAAAUUAUUUGGAAUACUCAAUCCCUAAUUCUUUUUAGAGUAAAAUAAAUUCUUUAGUUGCUAAUCUUGGGGGAAUCUUGGAAUAUAAACCUAUUCUUGAUCAAAUCUCAUUAUUUUUUCCUGAGAAUCUGUUGCAUUGCUAUUCCAUUCCAUUGCACUAAAUGUAAGCACUUUUCGAUAUGUUUAUGCAAAAGAGAAACAAGACAA